CAUAUGCAGGAAACAAAGUCAUGGCGGCUGCACUGACAACUUUAGAGACACAAUUCUCUGAAGAACUGUCCUGCAGCAUCUGCCUGGAGCUGUUCACCAGGCCCAAGAUGCUGCCCUGUCAGCACACCUUCUGUCAGGACUGUCUACAGGACCAUGCAGGGAGGGGAGGGACCUUCCGGUGCCCAAACUGUCGUCGUCAGGUCUUGCUGCCACCCCAGGGGGUCGCAGGUUUGCCAGACAAUCGCAUUGUGGCCAACAUGUGUGAAAAAAUGCAAGACCAGGCAAAAAUGAAACCACCUCAGUCUGGAAACAGGUGCAGCUAUCACCCGUCAGAGGAAGUCAAGCUCUAUUGUAAACAGUGUUACUUGCCAGUCUGUACUGAGUGUUGUGAAGAAAGCCAUGAUGGACAUCCAACCACAGGCCUUAAAAAAGCUGCACAGGAAAGGGGGUCAGUCCAGGCCUUGAUCAAUGAGGGGAGGAACAUUCUGGAAGGUUACUGUGGCUUCCUCGAAGGACUUGGGGAAAAAGAGAAAACCCUGAAUGAACAGAAACAACAGAGAGACAACAACAUCAUUCAGGCUUAUAACCAAACAAUGCAGACAAUGGCACAAAAACUUACAGAGAGAAAAGACCUCCUCUUGUCUGAAUCACAGCAAAAUCACAGCCAGAAUUUGGAAGAAAUACAGAUUGCAAGACUCGGAGUGUUGGCAGAUGCCAAUGAACUGUCUGCUGCCUGUGAUCAAGCAGAACAAGAAAUGGAGAAGGAAGGGCUUGCAUUUCUUAGUCAGCAAACCGCUUUGGCAGAGGUAGUAGGAAAGUACAGAGGAAAAGCAGCACCAACUCCUGUACAACACCAGCCUGCUGUCUUUGAGCCCACAGACACCCCAAUGCCAGUAUUGGGACAUGUGACGGUCCAGUCUCUCCCAUCUGCACCAAUCCCAGCAGCACCUGCAGCAAGGGGCACAAAUCAUCACCAUCCACCUAACCAAAGGCGAGGGGAGCAUCAGCCUCAGAGGGUGACAUUUGGCAGAGAGGGAUCAGGAACAGGGCAGUUUCAGGGUCCACGUGGUGUUACAGUGUCAGAUGAAGGGAAGAUCUUUGUAGCAGAUAGGUGGAACUACAGAAUCCAAGUCUUCACCCUGCAAGGAACAUUUGUCCACCAGUUCCCAACAGUCGUGUCAGGUGCACAGAAGAUGUACCCACGUGAUGUGGCCAUGGACGGGGAGGGGAACCUGUGGGUGGUGGGGAGUAAAGGCUCUGCUGAGUUUGCCGUGCAAUACACCAAACAGGGCAGGGUGCUGAGGAAGUUUGACCUACAGAAGUCAAGGUUGGACAGAGGAGUUGCCGUGAACACCAGAAAGAACCACAUCCUCAUCACACAAACUACAGGAAACCCAAACAACAGACAUGGCGAAGUGCAGGUGUUCAGGCCAGAUGGGAAACUUGUGAAAACUGUCGGGGGGAAAUUUAAGAACUUUGUACGUAGGCGGCAAGGGAUGAAGCACCCAGGGUACAUCACAGUAGACAGGGAAGGGAAGUUUCUUGUGUCAGAUGGUGACAGUAACUGUGUUUUUUUGUAUGACGAAGACAGACAGAUUCAGUUCCAGUUUGGAGGUGAGGGCCGUGGUGAAGGUCAGCUGAGGUAUCCCCGUGGCAUCUGUACAGACAGUGCAGGUAACAUCAUCGUGGCAGACGGGGGAAACAGACGUGUGGAGAUGUUUGACAAGACAGGAACAUUCCUCAAACACAUUGCUACAGACAUGGAGAGUCCACAGGCUGUUGCCAUGGCAACACAAGGACAGCUGGUGGUGACUGAUAAUAGGAACCAAACAGUCACCAUAUUUCAAAACUACUGAAGCUAACUAGAUGUAGGACACCACAAUGCAACGAAUAUGCAGUCAUGUGUAAAUUAACUUGACAAUCCUACUGGGCAAUGAUUAUUGACUAAACAUUCGUGGUUAACUAGAAGUGUUCCACAACCUCAAUACAUGUAGCUUCGCCAAAUAAUGUUAACCUUAAGUUUUUGACUGACAAUUACAAAUUUUAUGUUUCUCAUAGUUGCAAGCAACAUCAUGUUCAC